AUGUCUGACUGGGAUUCCGUUACUGUUAUUCGCAAGCGCAACGCUGAUCGCGCCAAGGUGUCUCGUAACGAGAGCGAUCUGAACGCAGCAAGAAGAGCUGGUGCUUCUAUCAACACCGAGAAGAAGACUAUUACCAACGCUGGCCAUGCCAACCGUGAUCAUCAACGUAUCGCCAAGCUCGAUCGUGAAAAUGAUGUUGCUCCUCCUCCCAAGGUGGAUGUCUCUGUGGGUCGUGUGAUUGCCAAGGCUCGUAUGGAAAAGAGCUUCACUCAAAAGGAUCUUGCUCAACGUAUCAACGAGAAGCCUCAAGUGGUGAACGAAUACGAGUCUGGUAAGGCCAUUCCCAACCAACAGGUCUUGGGUAAGCUCGAGCGUGCUUUGGGUGUCAAGCUUAGAGGCAAGAACAUUGGUGAGCCCUUGACUUUUGGCAAGAAGAAGUAA